AUGAUGCUAUUCUGUGUAGGGUUUUCCCAACCUCACGGCACAAUAUGCACCCUGGUCAGCCGGUUCACGGCACAAUAUGCAACGAGCCGACCUCACCACAUCACCUCUACCGCCCUAGCCAGUCUCAGACAAAACGACGACGAGCCACUCUGGGCAUUCAUGGAGCGAUUCACCAACACCUCGGUAAAGAUCAGGAACCUAAACCCCGAGGUCGCCCUACACGCCAUGCUCAUGGCACUCAAACCCAGACCGUUCGUCGACAACCUAUGUCGUGAAGCACCUCGCGAUAUGGACGACCUCCGUGCCCGUGGCGCUGGGGUACAAAUCCUGGAGGAGGCCAGUAACAACAAUCUUCUCACCCUCCCACCGCCAGGGCACACCCCCAACAGCACCGAGAAAUCCAAGCAUUGUCGGUACCAUAGGAAUCAUGGUCACACCACCGAGGAGUGCCGCUCACUUCGGGACCGGGCUCGCACGGACCAACCCUCUGUUUCUCAGCAGAAGGUCGAUGGAGCAGUGCAAGCCCAGGUAGGCCAAGAGACAGGAUCAUCUCCCCUACGUGGAGUUAUCAAUACAAUUGCAGGCAGAUUUGCAGGGGGAGGUGCCACCAGCUCGACCCGGAAGAGACACUUGUGCAAUAUCAACAGUGUCCACUCCGCUACCUCGACAUCGCACCAGAGCUCACCUUCGAUCUCUUUCUCCAACGAGGACUACGCUGGUGUCAGCCCCAAUCAAGAUGACCCCAUGGUCAUCGCCGUAGAAGUAGCCAACUGGGAAGUUCAGAAGACACUUAUUGACCAAGGAAGUUCAGCCGACGUUCUAUAUUGGCCAACCUUCCUCAGUGCUAUGAGGAGGAGGCACAUUCCCACCUACUAUGGAAGGGAGCUUAUGAAUAAGCUCCAAAGGCUUCAACAAAGGGAUAUGUCUGUAGAACAGUACAGGCAAUAA